AUGUUUGCUGUCCUCCAAUUCGCUGCUGGGCCCGGCCCGACCCAUGUGAUGGAUUAUCCUACUGUGGCAAUGUCUCAGUACGCUGUAUGGGAACGGCAAAUCGCUGCUCUUGAUGUACUGUGGGCCUGUGAAUCACGACUCAAGCAGCUCGCGGCUGACGUGGUUGUCGCCACCUACGAGGAUUUCGGCCUAGUGAAACACGACAAUACGGCCGUGUCCAGUGAUCUGCAACUUGGGAGUUAG